CUCCCGCCGGCGCUCCCGGGGCGCGGGGCGGGUGGAAGCGGGGGCGCCGCCUGCGGGUGCGGGGCUUGCGGCGCUGGCUGGCUCAGGGAGCCGGCGGCCCGAACCUCUUCCUGGCCGGCCUCCGCCCGCUCACGGGUCGGGCGCGGCGCUGCCUCUUGGGCCACGGAGGGGCAGGCGGGCGCCGGGUCCCGGGUCUCGGGUCCGGGCUCCAGCCGAGAGAUCGCGGAUUGGCCGUGAGGAGACACUGGGCCAGCCCUCUCUUGUGGGCAAGUCGGGCCCUGGGUGGGGGUCGUCUCUCCGGUGUGUCCGCCUGGUUCCGGCCCCCGCGUCCCUCCCUUUUGCAGCGCAGAGCCUCUGUUAUGCACCUAAAGCCAUACUGGAAACCCCAGAAGAAAGUGCCACCUCUGGGAACCAGCAAGGAAACUCUGAGAACUCCUACGAGCCACCAAGAGGCUGUAAAUGAUGACAGAUGCAAAGCUAGCUACAUGAAACCAAGUGUCUUUCCUUCCGCUUUUCUUGACAAAGCACCAUCUCAAAAGCCUUUUGAAAUUUCUCCAGAUGUUUUGUGCAAUAUGAGCGGGAAGAGUCCUGCAGAGAGCAGCCUGAAUGUGAAGACCAAGAAGAAUGCCCCACCUGCCACAAUCCACCAGGGCGAGGGAGGAGAAGGGCCGCUUGAUAUCUGGGCUGUUGUGAAACCUGGAAAUACCAAGGAGAAAAUUGCAUUCUUUGCAGCCCACCAGUGUAGCAGUAGGAUAGGAUCUAUGAAAAUUAAAAGCUCCUGGGAUAUUGAUGGGAGAGCUACUAAAAGGAGGAAAAAAUCAGGGCAUCUUAAAAAAGUCAAGAUACAGUUAGAAAGGAUGAGGGAUGUCAACAGCAGGUGCUACCAGCCUGAGCCUUUUGCCUGUGGCAUUGAGCACUGUUCUGUGCAUUAUGUGGGUGACGGCGGGGACGGCAUCUGUGCUGGGAGGCCUCUGUCAGUCAUACAGAUGGUUGCCUUCCUUGAGCAGAGAGCCAGUGCUCUGCUAGCCAGUUGUGCAAAAAGCUGCAAUAACUCACCUGCUGUGGUGAGGUUUUCUGGGCAUCCCAGAAGUGUGAUGCCAGCCUCCGAGCCCUUCUCUGCCCCAGGAGCUUGUGAAGAACCCACAGAAAAGGGAAAUCCUGAGGUUGGUGAACCACAGAGUGAGCCAGUCCGUGUCCUUGACAUGGUAGCCAGAUUGGAGUCCGAGUGCCUGAAGCAGCAGAGCCAGCGUGAGCCUGGAAGCCUCUCGAGAAAUAACAGCUUCCGUCGCCACGUAGGUCGGGUGUUGCUUGCAAGUGGCACUCAGGCUGAUGAAGGCAAGACAAACAAAGGCAUCUUGGAGACCCCCGACACUCAGGUGGAUCCUGUGGAGCCCGGGUCUAUGGACGGCAGCCCGUCAGGAGCUGACCACUGUACUCCUGAGGGGGAUCAGGCCUGGGGCAGUGCUCUGCCAAGCUGUCCCUCACUGCCAGCGGGUGUGAGUUUCUCUAUGGACAGUGCAGAAGUGGAGCCAGAUCAGCAGACUUCCUUGAAAAACAGCACUAGAUAUGAUGUGGAAAUGACAGAGGAACUUGUCGGGUUGCCUUUCCCUCCUCACACCAGUCCCAAAGCCAUUGAAUUGCCCACAGGUGCUGUUGACUGUAUAAGUAGAGAGCUUGUGCCCCUUACUAGCCAAAAUCUUGAUCAGAGAAGGAAAGAAUCUUUGUGCAUUAGUAUCACUGUGUCCAAGGCAGAGAAAGACCAGCCUUCUGGUUUAAAGUCCUGUGAAGACCCACUUCCAGGGAUGUUGUUUUUUUUGCCGCUGGAUCAGCGCCAGUCAACCCGCUCCCCACUGAAUGAGAGCACAACAGGAGAGUCUCCCGAGGCCAGCCAGCUUGAGGCUGCCACUGCAGGCGGUGGUGCGCCCAACGCAGAGAGUGUCACGGCUGAUCCGUGUGGCCUGCCAGCCUCUCCUGCGGGAAGGGCAUUGCUGGGGCACAAGGCGUCCAGCUGGAGGAGGCAGGUGUCUCACAACUUUCUGGAGACCAGGUUUAAGAUCCAGCAGCUUUUGGAGCCUCAGCAGUACUUGGCUUUUCUGCCCCACCACCUUAUGGUGAAAAUCUUCAGGUUACUUCCCACCAGGAGUUUAGUAGCUCUUAAAUGUACCUGCUGCUAUUUCAAGUUUAUCAUUGAGUACUACAACAUAAGGCCAGCUGAUUCUCGCUGGGUUCGAGAUCCACGCUAUAGAGACGAUCCUUGCAAGCAGUGCAAGAAGAAGUACGUGAAAGGGGAUGUGUCCCUGUGCCGGUGGCACCCCAAGCCCUACUGCCAGGCAUUGCCCUACGGGCCGGGGUACUGGAUGUGCUGCCAUCGCUCUCAGAAGGGCUUCCCUGGCUGCAGGCUGGGUUUGCAUGACAAUCACUGGGUCCCUGCCUGCCACACCUUCAAUCGGGCAAUCCAUAAGAAGGCAAAAGGGACUGAAACUGAAGAGGAAUGUUAGAGUCUCUCUGAGAGGUGACAGAGGGACCGAUUUUCAGGACUGCAGACCACCACCUCCAUGCACCGUUCCAGAGAGUGAUGCCUUGCAGGGUCAUCACUCUGCAGAAUCCACACUUACUCCAUCAGGACUGCCAUAGCUCAGGCAUUUUUUAACUCUUCAUUUACAAGCUGCACAAUAAAAUUGGCCACAUUGUCUUACAGUGGCACCUCACAUUUGGUCCAGGGUGACUCAUUUGGUGGUGAAUAACUACAUCUGUUUUCCCAAAUCAAAUCCACCUGCAAAGGAUGACGUCUUGCCACCGUCAAGGCUGUUCAGAAAAGUUCAUUGCAGAUUAUGCAGACAUUCCCCAAAAGGGUUCCAGAACUGGUUUGAGCACUGGCACCAUAUUGGAAGUACAGGAAUAGUGUCCUGUGAAAAGAUUAGCAGCAGUCUUGGUUGAAAAGUAUGCUUACAAAAGAAAAGUCGGGCACCUUACCUUACACCUUGUAUGCUUGAUCUGUGAGAUUGAUGCUUGUGACUGGAGAUAGAUUUCAUGCCCUGUGGUGUUUACAGUGUAUAUAAUAGCUGUGUUUUCUUAGGGCUAUGAAAGUGCACAUUAAACCUGAGCGCCUUUACCUUGGAUGAGUGCUUUUGGCCCUGCUGUAAAUAGCACUAUUAAAAUCCAGUUGUAUAUAGUGGACAACUGACUGAACAACAUAAUCAGCACAAUGCAGCUAGGAUAGUGUUGCGGCUACAGUUGUGUGGUUUUUUUAUCGUCUUGUCUCAAAUUUGUACAUCCUGUAUAAAACAUGAAUGUUUCCCAAGUAAACUAUGAAUGUGUCCUGUAUAAUAUAUGAAUGUUUCUGAGAAGAAACUCUAAACAGUUAAGAGGUUAACCUGUUGAAAGGAUACCAAAUAAUCGUUUAACCAGACAACUUCAAAAUUAGCAUAGAGAACAGUCCUUUGCUUUAUUUUAGUGAUCGACCAAGAAUAACAGAAUAUUAUAUAGUCAGAUUAUAACAUUCUGUUUUAUUCUUUCUGUCUGGUUACAAAAUUUAAAAAAAUCAAUAAAAACAUGCAUCCUAAUUGGGACCUGAGUGUUGCGGAUUUUUCUCCUUUUUUGAGCUAAUAUUGGUAGGCACUUACCAAUGAAGGAUGUUGUGAAUAGGGUUGUAAG